GCGAUUUUAUUCAUGUGUAUGCACACGCUCGCAAUUACCAAAUAUAUACAUUUUGUAAUUAAUAUAAGUAUACAUAACAAAAUAUUUUGCCACUCACAAAAAUUAUAAAUUAAUUUUUAUAAAUAAAUAAAUAAAUAUAAAAAAUGACUGGUGGUAAAAAUUCACAAGGAGCAUUUCAACCGGACUCGGAUGUUCAUAUUUCGUAUGAAGAUCAGCAGAAAAUAAAUAAAUUUGCCAAACAAAAUGCUCUAAUGGAUGAUUUAAAAGAAGAAUUAAAGUCGAAGCAGAACGAUUUAAAAAACUUGCAAGAUGCUAGUGAUGAAUUAGCAUUGAUGGAUGAUGAUGCUAAAAUUCCUUAUCGUAUUGGUGAUUUAUUUGUAUCCCAGGAUGUUGAAAAGACUCAGGCUUGCUUAGAAGAAGCAAAAGAAAAAAAAUUGGCAGAAAUAAAAUUACUUGAAACAAAGUGCGCUGAUCUUAAAAGUGUAAUGACCGAUUUGAAAGCUCAAUUGUACGCUAAAUUUGGUAGCCACAUCAAUUUAGAAGCUGAAGAAGACUAAAUCAUCAAUCAAUUAAGCUACAAUCAAUUUUAUUCUCAAUAAAUUUUUUUAAUAUUAAUAAAUGCAUUACUUGAACUUAA